AUGGAUUCGCCGAGGUUAACUAGAUCUGCUACUGCUCAACGGAGAACUCCAAGAAGGCAAACUACAAGUAAAACUUCGACUGCUGAACGUUCCACUACUAAGAAUCAGAGGGAGCAAUCCGCUAAGAAAUCGGCCACCAAAGAGAAUAAAAGAACACCUAUAGCAAAAUUAAGAGUGCGGAAAAGCUUGAUCGAAAGAACGAAACCUGCACCUUUAGUAUUUUCAAGUUCCAGCGAUAGCGAAGAUGAAUUCAGUGAUGAACUUGGUGACUUUGAAGCCGGAAAAACCGCAUCUCAAAUAAAUAAAACACCUGUGAAAGAUGAUACUAUCAAACCUUUAAAGAACAGGGAAGCGGAGUUCGAGAGUUUGAAAAAUUGGAUAAGUUCAACCUUAAUCGAAAAGACACCUCUUUCAGUAUAUAUAAGUGGACCCCCUGGAACAGGUAAAACAGCUACAACCUCAUUAGUGUUACAACUGUUUAAAAAACAGUGCUUGUCGGCCCAUGUGAAUUGUGUUACAACAAAAACUCAAAAAGAUUUAAUCCGGGCUAUUUUAUCUGCUUGCAAGUCGGAUGAGGCUGCUACUGCUUCCGGAUUAAUUAAAUGUCUCGAAUCUCUAAAACGGCCUCUUAUUCUUAUUUUGGAUGAAGUAGAUCACUUAUCCACGGGAUCUAACAGUGUUCUCUAUGCUGCAUUCAAAUGGCCUUUUGAAUUAUCUUCGAAGCUCAUUCUUAUAGGAAUUGCCAAUUCUAUCGAUCUCACAGAACGAGUUCUUCCAAAGCUUAAAUUGGUUCAAGCUCCAAAGCGUAUUCUGUUCACACCUUAUACUCAAGAAAACAUAGCUUCUAUUCUUGAAGACAGGAUGAAAAAUGACGAGAACAAGCUGGAUCCUAAAGCAAUUGAGCUGUGUGCUAGGAAAGUUGCAGCCAUGUCUGGUGAUUUGCGGACAGCAUUACUUGUUUUCAAACAAUCAAAGAAUAAAAUUGCUGCUAAUGCUCUGUCUGGCAAUUCUUUACCAACAACUGGUGUACGAGAAGUUUUAGGUGUAUUAGGCAAUGUUUAUUCAUCCCCCAUUAGUAAAGCGAAGCUACCACUUCAAUCAGAGCUUCUCUUAGCAGUUUGUCUUACGAUGUCUACGAACAAAAAGACUCCACUGACAGUCAAUGAGCUCUUCCGAUCGUACUCCAAGGCUUGUGAGCUAACUAACAUACCGGAGUUAGAUAGCGAUGAUUUAUCCACUGCAUUCCAAACACUGGAAAGCCAAUCCUUCAUUACCGUAGCAAAGAAUGGCCAAAUUAGAUUACAGGUUGACGCUAAAACAGCUCGAUCAGCAAUUUCAAGCAACGGCAUGAUUGAGCAAGUGAAACAUUUAUCUGUUUGA